CGGAGCUGGCGUAAAGGGAGCUGGUGGUAAAGGGACCCGGUGGAGGGGUGGCAAGAAAGUUGGGCCAGGGGAAGGGACCGAGCCUAGACGGAGGGCAGGCUCGAAGGUCUAGGCUGCCUCUUCAACCCUUGUCUAAGGGAGGCUAAUGUUGGUUGGACGGAGUCAGUUGUGGGGGAUUCAAGAAGGUCACCAAUCAAUCCCCCAAUCCGGAGACUCACCAGUCAUCAGUAUUGGAAUUCCAGAAGGUAGUAAGGUAAUAGGUUCAGUGUUUGGCACUCCAAGGGAAGCUGUUUUUUAUUUUAUUUUAUUCGAGCUUCAGCGUAUUGAGGUUAGUUUGAGGGUUCACGUUCCGCACCUAGAGGGGUUUUGUGAGGAUUGGGUUCACCAAGUGCAAAUGAGUGUUGGCGUGCUCAGGACCGAAGCUAAACAUCCCGGGCCCACUCAGGUUUUGCAGUUCUGUUUAGGUACUAAUCACCAUCAUGCUCAAAGCUGUGAUCCUGAUUGGAGGCCCUCAGAAGGGGACUCGCUUCAGGCCUUUGUCUUUUGAGGUGCCCAAACCACUGUUCCCUGUGGCUGGUGUCCCUAUGAUUCAGCACCAUAUAGAAGCCUGUGCCCAGGUCCCUGGGAUGCAAGAAAUUCUGCUCAUUGGCUUCUACCAGCCUGAUGAAGCCCUUACCCAGUUCCUAGAAGUUGCCCAGCAGGAAUUUAACCUUCCAGUCAGGUACCUGCAGGAAUUUGCCCCCCUGGGCACAGGGGGCGGCCUCUACCAUUUUCGGGACCAGAUCCUGGCUGGCGCACCCGAGGCCUUCUUCGUGCUCAAUGCUGAUGUCUGCUCUGACUUCCCCUUGAAUGCCAUGUUGGAUGCCCACAGACGCCAGCGCAGCCCAUUCUUACUCCUUGGCACUACAGCCAACAGGACACAAUCCCUCAACUAUGGCUGCAUCGUUGAGAAUCCACAGACACAUGAGGUCCUACAUUAUGUGGAGAAACCCAGCACAUUUAUUAGUGACAUCAUCAACUGUGGCAUAUACCUCUUCUCCCCGGAAGCCCUGAAGCCUCUUCGAGAUGUCUUCCAGCGUCAUCAGCAGGAUGGGCAGCUCUGCCUUGCUCUGGGGGAGGACUCGCCAGGCUCUUGGCCUGGGGCAGGGACCAUCCGCUUGGAGCAGGAUGUGUUCUCAGCCCUGGCUGGGCAGGGUCAAAUCUAUGUGCAUAUCACUGAUGGCAUCUGGAGCCAGAUCAAGUCCGCAGGGUCAGCCCUCUAUGCCUCCCGCCUCUAUCUGGGCAGAUACCAGAUCACUCACCCAGAACGGCUGGCCAAGCACACUUCGGGGGGUCCCCGUAUCCGAGGAAAUGUGUACAUCCACCCAACUGCCAAAGUGGCCCCAUCAGCUGUGUUGGGCCCCAAUGUCUCCAUUGGGAAGGGGGUGACCGUGGGCGAGGGUGUGCGCCUCCGCGAGAGUAUUGUCCUCCAUGGAGCUGCGUUACAGGAGCACACAUGUGUCCUGCACAGCAUCGUGGGCUGGGGGAGCACCGUGGGACGCUGGGCCCGUGUGGAGGGGACUCCCAAUGACCCCAACCCCAAUGACCCCCGAGCUCACAUGGACAGUGAGAGCCUCUUCAAGGAUGGGAAGCUACUGCCAGCCAUCACUAUACUGGGAUGCCGCGUCCGGAUCCCUGCCGAGGUGCUCAUCCUGAACUCGAUUGUUCUGCCUCACAAGGAGCUGAGCCGCAGCUUCACCAACCAGAUCAUCCUGUGAGGGGGCUGCCAGAGGCCCCCCAACUCCUGUCCACUUGCCCUUGGGAUGCUGCCUGCUUGGCCGGCUCUGUCCCAAAAGGACCAGAGGAAAUCAGGCAGGAUCUCUUCCCAUGUGAGGAGCCAUGUGGGUGGCUAGGGACACCUGGCCUCUCCUCGCUCCCAAAUAAACCCUGGUGAACCUUGGA